AGAAGGACGCAGCCAAUAACCAGCUCUCACUGUAUGGAUAAAACUGGUCUAAUAUCUCCAGUGGAUUAUCUUUGUGGAUUAGAGGCCUGACAAGCACGGCAGUGAAAGAGUGGAGACAAACAGUAAAUGCAGAAGCAUUGACUGUGCUGACUCCAUUGUGUAAGCUAGCAAGCUUCAUUUAAAGUAUGAAACUUUUCUGGAUUGCAGUCUGGACAUGGAUUCUGGUACUAGAAGGUUUGCUCUUGUUGACAAGCAGUCAUCCUGUUCAUUCAGAUGAACGCAAUGCCGCUCUGAUGAGAAAUUGCACUGCAAAGCCUCCCUACGUGCCUUCCAACAUAGUCAACACCACAGUCCGUUUAAAUGCUCUCAGGAAUUUGAUGGAUGGACACAAUAUCAGUAUUUAUGUGAUUCCUGCCACCGACCCUCAUUUGAGUGAGUAUAUUAGCCCUCGGUAUGCACGAAGAGCCUGGAUGACGGGAUUCAAAGGAUCUGCAGGUAUUGCAGUAGUCAGUAAGACAAAUGCCGUACUCUGGACAGAUGGACGGUACUGGAUUCAAGCUGAACGCCAGAUGGACUGCAACUGGGAGCUCAACAGAGGGGAGACAACGAUUGUCAAUUGGAUUCUGCAACAAACAAAAGAGGGAGAAAUAAUCGCUGCUGAUCCCUUUCUGUUUUCAGUUGAGCAUUGGAUGAGUUAUGAAAAGGCUUUUGUUCAAGGCAAACGACAAUUUGUUUCCAAAGAAUCCAACUUAGUAGAUAUUAUCUGGGGUGAAGAACGACCACCUGAACCGACAGACAAUAUUUUCAAAAUUCCUUCUGAAUUCCUCGGAAGAACAUGGCAAGAAAAGGUGAAAGAAAUCCGUGCACAGAUGAAAAAUAACCCUUACCAGCCAACAGCACUGUUAAUCUCGGCACUGGAUGAAAGUGCAUGGCUGUUCAACUUACGAGGGAACGACAUUGCAUACAAUCCUUUCUUCGAAUCUUACACAUUGUUGACUGCAGAUUGGAUCAGACUGUUUGUGAAUGAAUCACGACUGCCUCCAGACAUUAAAGAAUACUUGAAUGCGCAUUGUACCACAGCUGAGUGCGUGCAACUGAAGCCCUAUGACCAAAUCCAACAAAAUGUGGAUGAAUAUGCUAAAGGAAACGUUACCAUCUGGAUCGGUCAAGAAUACACAACCUAUAGUGUUUAUAAAGUCAUUCCUGAGUCAAAAUUAGUCAUUGAUAUGUACUCUCCAGUUCAGAUUUCCAAGGCUACUAAGGAUGCAACGGAGCAGAAAGGGAUGAAAAGAGCCCAUGUGCGUGAUGCAGUCGCUGUCAUUAGUUACUUUGUGUGGCUGGAAAAAACUAUUCCAAAAGGAACCGAGACUGAACUCUCAGGUGCACAUUACUUAAACAAGUUGCGCAGUGAGCAGAAUCAUUCCAAAGGGCCCAGCUUCGAGACCAUCUCAGCCAGUGGGUUGAAUGCAGCUCUUGCACACUACAGUCCCAAUGAAGAAAACCAAAGAAAGCUGACACCAGAUGAGAUGUACUUGGUUGAUUCUGGAGGACAGUACCUAGAUGGAACAACAGAUAUUACCCGUACAGUACAUUGGGGAAUACCAACUGAUUUUCAAAAGGAAGCUUACACUCGCGUGCUAAUGGGACAGAUUGACACGGCUCGAUCUAUCUUCCCUGCCAGAACAAUGGGAGAUUCACUUGAUGUAUGGGCUCGACAUUCAUUGUGGGAAGUAGGAUUGAACUACAGGCAUGGAACUGGACACGGGAUUGGCAACUUCCUUGGUGUUCAUGAAUGGCCAGUUGGCAUUGGGAGUGGUCAAACGUGGUCAUUGGAUGAGGGAAUGUUUACAUCUAUAGAACCUGGCUAUUAUCAAGAUAAUGAAUUUGGAAUUCGGAUUGAAGAUAUUGUCAUGGUAGUAAAGGCAGACACUAAGCAUAUGUUUGGUGGAAUACCCUACAUGACCUUUGAACACAUAUCUCUUGUUCCUUAUGAAAGAAAAUUGAUUGAUCUGUCCAUUUUAAAUGAGCAGCAGAUUCACUGGCUUAACAAUUAUUAUAACAAGAUCUGGAAGAUAGUAUCCCCUGAGCUAUACGCACAAAACCUAAUGGAAGAAUAUAACUGGCUUCAGAAACACACUCAACUAUUUUCACACAGUGCUUUUGUGACAUUAUCAUUUCCUCUUUUGGUUGGAGUCAUGUUGGGAAAUUUAAUAUUACAGGAAAAACUUCAAUAGUAAUCCUUAAAAUUCAUAAACCUAACCUUUUUCACAGACCUUUCAGUUUUGAUUAGUGAUAAAGUGCAGAAACAGCCCAUCAGGUCACCGAGUCCAUGCCGACUAUCAAUCACCACACACUUACACUAUCCUACGCACACUAGGGACAAUUUAUAAUUUUACCAAGCCAAUUAACCUGUACAUCUUUAGAGUGUGGGAGGAAAC